AUGUGUGAAGCUGCAGAAGCUCUGAUCAAAGAAGAAAAGUAUGUUGAAGCAGAACAAAAGUGCUUAGAAGAAAUCAGACAGAACCCAGAAAAUUUGAAGCCAUAUGCUACACUCCUUACAAUUUAUGGUCAAACAUAUGAUGCUGAUAGUGCAAUGUCUGCAGGAAGAGAAACACUGCAGUUUGCUCGUUUGCUCCUUAAAGAGUUCUUCGAAAAAAAGGACUACGAUUUUGCAGAUGAUCCAAAAUCUCUUCAGUACAUUGAAAUUCUUGAUAGAUUCGGCAAGGUUUCAAAAGAGUUAACACAUGUUAAUUUCACAUGCUAUAUUUACGAAGAAAUUUUGAGACUUAACAAAUCAGAUAAGUUUGGUAACGCCAGAAUUCUUCUUUUCGUCUAUCUCGAGAUUAUUGGUUACUUAAGCAACAAUAAGAAAGGUGUAAUCACUCGCACACCUGAAAUGGCAAACAAAUUAAUCGAAACUUUCAAAAUACCAGAAGAAAAUCCAGAAGUUCGCUUAUGGAGAAUCCUUGAGAAGUUCCUCAAGAAGGAUGAUUCUUGGAAAGACCUCGUAAAGAAGGAAGAACAAGAAAAUCAACUCAUUUUCCGUGUUUGGCUCAACGAAGUCGAGAAAGGAGAGAAGAUCGACAAAUUCGUACAGGAUUACUUUGGCAAGCUCGCUAAGGCCUGGCCAAACUUCAGAAUCGAAGCACAUAAGAUUUUGAGAAAAGAGCACCAGAAGUUCAUGAAAGCCAUUGAAGAUGAACAUAAUGAAGUUAUGGAAGACAGGAAGCCAGAUUUCUAUACAUUUAUCUAUUCAACUUUCAUGAAAAACGGAAGAGAAGCAAUGCGCGAUUUCAAAUUCAACGAAUGCGUUAAAAUGUUUACACUUGCAAGAAACGUCGCAUACGAAACAGCUUUACCUUACAGAUUCCAACGUAGCGAAAAGUUUGAAUACGCAAUUAUAUCUAACCGUUGUACAUGCUAUCUACAGCUUAACAAACCAGCAGAGGCACGUCAGGAUGCAAGAUUUACCCUCUUCGUUAAGUUCGACCACUUCAAAGUUCUCGAAAAGUGCCAAGAAAUUGGUCGUGCUUGGGGACUUCCAGAAAACGUCAUUACAGCAUUCAAGGAUUGGCUUGCAGUAUCUAAGGAUGCAAAGAGUGGCGUAAGAAGAGAGAUUGCUAAGAAAGUUAUCGCAUUAUUAAGUCUUGAAGGUCUUUAUCGCGUUAGAACUGAAGAUUUCGAAAAAGUUGCCGCAGAUCUCUUCGAAAGACAAUGCGAUGAUAUGUAUGUUCAAGUAAAUAUCCCUGCUGAACAACAUGAUUUGCUUCCUUGGCUUACAGCUAAUGAUCUUGAAAAGCCAAUUCCAAGAUAA